AUGGAUCUUUCCCUCCAGAAGAUUUUCCUAAUUGUGAUGUUUGCUGAGUGCUUUGUCGGGGUUGCCUUACAUGCAUUCAUCGUGGCUUUUCAGCUCAUGAGAUGGAAGACAUUGAAAUCUCAGAAAACCUACACCCAAAUCCUUACCUGUCUGGCCAUCUCCAGAAGCUUUCUGCUGAUGCACAUGUCUUUGUUUUAUAUUCUCCUACUUUUCUUUCCAUGGGUGUUUCUUAAUAUGAAUUUGAGGUCUGCGUUUUUGUUAGAAGUUAAUUUUCUACACUUCACCAACCUUUGGAUAACCACCUUCCUGUUUGCAUUCUACUGUGUGAAAAUCACAAGCUACAACCAUACCUUUUUCAUCUUCCUGAAGACCAGGAUCUCCAGACUAGUCCCUCACUUUAUUGCGGCUUGUAUCCUUAUAUCUCUAGCCUCCAGCCUUCCGCUUGGUUGGUGCGUCUUUUACCUACCCCAGCAAAUUUCUGCCAAUGUUUCCAUGGAAAACAUGACCAUUCACCAUACAGUUUAUAAAGAAAAUGCUCGCAACAAAAUAAUGCUUUUCCUUGUUGGUUCCUUUCCACCAUUUCUCAUAUCUUGUGUUGCCAUCUACCUUCUGAUCCGAUCUCUUUGGCACCAUACCAGGGAAAUGACAAGCAAUGAGAAAGGUUUUCAGAAUCCGAACAUUGAGGCUCAUGUCAACGCUGUCAAAAGUACGACUCUUUUCCUGUUUUGUUCUAUUUUGUAUUUUGUAUGCAUGAGUGUGUUAUUCUCAGAUGUGAGACAUGACAGCAACCCCUGGAAGAUGGUCAACCUAAUUAUAAUAUUUGCCCUUCCAAGUGUCCAUUCGGCAUUCAUCAUCAUCUCCAGCAACUUUAAACUAAAACAGACACUUACAGAAAUGUACUAUGGCUUUAUAAAGUGCUUUUAA